CCAUCACCUCACUUCGAGUUCAUACUACACUUAUGGGGGGCUGGGGGGGUACUCUAGGUUUGGGCCCUUCCUCGAGCUCGGAGCCCUUCCCCGGACAGCACAUCAAAUAUGCAUUACCAUACUUCAGCUAAUUAUAUGAUCUCUAGUAGUCUGAGGGAGGUGGAGGAACAGACAGUGAGACUGAGGAAGUGGGCAGAGGAGCAGAUGAAAACCACAGUCCAAUCACACACAGAGAGCAGCCAGCAGCUGCACACACUGCUGCAGGACAGAGUGGUUGAAGUGGAAAGCGAGCUAAAGGAGAACAUCGCUGUUCUCUUUAGUCAUCUGGAAAGGUUGGAGGCACAGUUGGAGAAGGUGCGAUCUUCUGACAGGACCAAGCGCUCAGAGAGCAAACUCAGCAGCAAGAUCAACACUUUGGAGCAGUGCUUCAAAGAAGAACUAGAGCAGAUGAGGAGGGAGUACCAGUCAGGGUUCCAUGCGGUUCAUGAUGCCAUUGCGUCUCUGAGACACAUUGGCAACACCAAAGCCAAGCUGGACAAAGGAGAGCUCCAACGAGACAUCAGACAGAUCCAGAGAAACAUGGAUGGACUGAAGGAGCCCUGACUGGAUCAUUCUUUUAGAAGACAAAUAU